AUGCUUCUGGUCGAUGAGACUGGUCUGCUCUCUUCUGAUUGGACUUCCGGCCAGGACAAAGGCGCACUAGAGGCAGGCCAACUUGGCUGCCAAAACCAAUUUUUGGGCCCUGCAGAGCAGUGGGAGCGUGAGACCGGGCGAGCCCGGAGUGUACAGACAGUCGGGCAGUUCGAUCGACACGUGAUCUCGGUCGGUCCACUCGAGCGAGUUGCGCCGACGUGGCAGUGGCCGUCACGGCUGCCAGUGCUCGAGACGGCCCGCCUUUCUGGUGGUCGGUCUGCUCAACUGCCUGCCACGACGGCAGAGCUACUCUCAAUCCGACAGACGGCAGGAGCACAUCUGAAAUAUGUAUCGAUCGUCCAAAUCCGGGACUGGGCAGCCUCGAGGUCUGUCCUACGGCGAAUGCCGCUGCGUGCCCCGCGGGCUACUGUCACCCGUGGCCAGACUCUCCACCUGGGGCUGUUGUGA